AAAAGCUUAUUAAAAAAUAUUAAUGCAAUUAUUAGACCAGGUGAAUUAUGUGCAAUUUUAGGUGGCUCUGGUAGUGGUAAAACAACUUUGUUAAAUACUCUCUCGGGAAGAUAUGUAAAGAGUGAGAUGAAGGUAAAAGGUGAUAUAUGCUUUAAUAGUUUUAAUCCAUCACCAGAUUUAAUUCGUAAAACUGUUGGCUAUGUAAUGCAAAAAGAUUAUCCUUUACCCAAUCUAACAGUUAGGGAAACUUUGGUAUUUUCUGCUUUAUUAAGAUUGCCUGCAUCCAUUCCAAAAGAAGAAAAGUUAAAAAGGGUCGAAAGUAUUAUUAGUGAGUUAUGCCUUAAGGACUGUGCUGAUACCAGAGUAGGUGGUAAUGGUAAACAUGGUAUAUCAGGUGGUGAAAAAAGACGUUUAUCUGUAGGCUGCCAAUUAUUAACUGAUCCAUCAGUAUUGUUCCUUGAUGAAAUUACAACUGGGUUAGAUAGUUCUAUAGCAUUUGAAUUAAUCAAAACACUUUCAAAAAUAGCCCGUAUUCAAAACCGUACAAUCAUUACAACUAUUCAUCAGCCACAGGUUUCAAUUUUUAAAAUAUUUGAUAAAGUAAUGUUAUUAUCCAAAGGUAGAUUGGUGUAUAAUGGUCCAAGUAAUGAAAUGGUUGGUUAUUUUUCGACAAUAGGUUACCCAUGUCCAAAAUUAGAAAACCCUGCAGAUUUUUUUAUAGAUAUUUGUUCAGUAGACUAUAGAAAUCAGGUAUUAGAAAAUGAAUCAACUCAAAGAUUGGAUCAAUUGGUAAAUAGUUUUCAAAUAUCGGGAUCUUUUUCAAAUUUAAAAAAAAAAAUCGAAGAGGUAAAUAAUAUUGGCAAUAAAAACCUUUCAGAUCAGCAAAAAGAUAACUCCAAACCAUUUUAUUAUACAAUCCCAAUUUUAUCGAAAAGGGCAUAUAUCAAUCACUUAAGAGACGUGGAUGCAGCAAUCACUAGAGUAUCGCAAGUGGUAUCUUUUGCUAUAAUGCUUGCAUUAUGUUUUUUAAGAAUUGAUAGAGAUCAAAAUGGUAUUCAAAAUACCGUAGGUUUCCUAUAUCAGUCAUUAUCUUUAAUUUUUGUUUCAUUAUUAAGUUGCAUUGCUUUAUUUCCAACAGAAAGAAAUUUAUUUUAUCGUGAAAGAAAUGAUGGGUUAUAUUCGACAUUUUCAUUCUUUUUUUCCUACAUGACAUUAGAAAUACCAUUUAAUAUAUUUGGAUCAUUGGGAUUUUCAUGUAUCACAUAUUUUGUACUAGGUUUAAAAUUAGAAGCAGAUUCUUUUUUCAUUUUCUUUUUAGUGGUAUUUCUUUUAACAUUUUGUGGUGAAUCAGUAGGACUAUUUGUAUGCUCUAUGUUUUAUAAUAUAAACUUGGCAACAACCAUCGCAAAUAUCAGUUUAUGUUUAUUUAGUAUUCUCUCUGGAUUCUUUAGACCAACAGCUCAAAUGCCCUCCAUCCUCCGAUACUUUAACUAUGCAUUACCAACAAAAUGGGCAAGUGAAGUUUAUUCCGCAAACGAAUUAAGAGGAAGAACUUUUUCAUGCCCAGGCUCU